GAAGAUGUCAUGCAAGAAGACAUUACAAUCCAGUCAUCCAACUUUAGAGAUAACGGCCACGGUGGAGUUUUCAUCGUUGAACCAAGUAAACACGUUGCAAUUGCGAACGUGGUACUUUCUGGCAAUUGCAAACAACGACGGUCAUAUCCAGUCCAUCAAAACAACUGUUCAUCUAUUAUUGGAGGAGCUUCAACCAUAUCUGUGAUGCACUCUAUAUUUGACAACGAUACAUUUAAAAUAACCCCAGAUGGCCGUGACGUGAGCGUUAAACAUUGUAUAUUUAGUAACAACAUUCACACUGGCUUGUAUCUUGGAUACGAUGAAACGAUUCGUGCAGCUGGCAUGACAGGCAAACAUGUGAGCGUUAACCUUACAAAAAACGUAUUUGAAAAUAUUAAAUAUGGAUUUAUGAAAAAUCCUAGUCCACGAACAAGUUUGGUUGCUGUUCGGGAUGAAUCAAUUUUUAUUGAAAACAAUACAUUUAACAAUAACUCAGAAUCAGCUGUACAGAUAUCCGACUACUAUUGCCCUACUUGUACUUCAACAACCGUAGGAAAUAUAUUUCAGAAUAACAAAAACACAUAUCUUGAAUAUGGGCGAAAUAAAAGAAUCACAAUUUCAAACAAUAACUUCACUGAGAAUUAUGGAGAAUAUGUUUUGAAUUUCAAAGAUAGUAACCAAAAAAUAGAAAUCAAUAACAACAGCUUCACAAACAACUCAAUUUUGCUUUACAACCGAAAGCGAGCCGAAGUUCCUGCAGUCGUUUCUCAAAGAUCUGAUUACUCGACAUUGGAACUGCAUUACAACUAUUUUGAAAAUCCCCGGAGUGACUUCCAAGUCGCAGUAUGGGGGAGUCGAAAUUCUUGGCCAAUUAUUUCUGAUGCCUCCUACAACUAUUGGGGUAGUCAAGAUCUUAAGUCUAUUCAGAAUGGCAUUUUGGAUCGCCAAAGACGAUACGAUUCUUUUGUUACACUGGAUAUUCUUCCCUACUUCAAUGACGGAAGCAUGACAACCACGAGUAACGAGACAGAAUCAAUAUUCUCUAGAACAAUCGGUAAUGUGAUUGGUGGCGUCAUUACAGAACAUUUAACGCUUGAUAUGACAGAAUAUAGAAUCACGGACGAUUUACAUGUUUACCCAAAUGUCACCCUGACGAUAGUAGCUGGAACAAAGUUGAUAUUUGAUGACUAUAUUGGCAUGAUUGUCCAAGGAAAACUCAUAGCCGAGGGAUCAUCGACAGAUCAAAUCGUCAUGAACGCCAGUAUAGGUUGGAUGGGGAUACGGUUUUCUCUUUCUGCAGAACGGAGCACUCUUCGUCAUAUCAUAUUUGACAAUUGUGGCAAACAAGAUGUCAGUCAAUCACCACCGGGUUGUAUUAUCAGCGAUAUUGGUAAACAUAGGAUGAACCACUUGAUAUUCAAAAACUGUUAUUCUAGCUACGCCAUUGAUUUGUACCAUUCCGACCCUGUGUAUACAACAGACGUUCAUGAUGUUCAGUCAAAUAAAGGUGUUCGUAUUCGUAGUUUGGAUACUAGAUUAACAGAUUCGAUUUUUAAUGAUGCUCCAGAGGCAAUUAGAAUUGAUCCGGAUGGAGGGUACAGUGCUCGAUCCCAAGUAUAUUUUCUAAGACAGGGUUCGCUACACAACUGUGACCAAAACUGGAGUCCGACUGAAGAUUUAUUUAUGUCUACGUCUGAGACUUUUGUCCUGUAUAAAAUGAGCCAAAGACCAUGCUUCUCUGGUAGAAUUGUUACUUUCACCACUUCGCCAAAUAGCAGAUUAUCAUUUCAACUUAUUUACAUUUACGAAUAUCAUGACGAAAGUGUAAUUAUAAUUCGUAAUGACGGCUCAACAACAGAGAUAACAGCCAAUUCCUUGAGAACAUGGGUUACUUCAACAAACAACGAACUAGAGUUCAAUUUUUCAGGAUGUAGUUCAUAUAACUGUCGUUUUAUUGCCACCAUCACGAGUGUGGAACGCGAAAGUAUUACUCCAUUCAAGCAAUCUUUGGUGAUUGAAAUUCGGAACAUAACUUCAGUAAAUCAUCACAGUUAUGGAAUUUACAUAAGAAAUUAUAUGGAUAAUAGUAACCGCAUCAAUCCCUGGAAUUAUUUUGGACAACAUUCAAUUGUUUAUACUGUUCCAUUUUAUGUAAAAAUUGUUAACUGUUUCUUUGAGAGUCCAACUCGUAACUCCAACUUCGGUAUUUAUAUGAAAAUAGAUAGGCGGAUUUUCACCAACGAUCAAUCAUUUCAAGAUUCGAAUCUACAGAUUGAAGAUGUCAUUAUUGAUAAUUCAAACUAUGGAAUUUAUGUUCGUAAACGUGGGGGACGUCAAGGCGAUAUGGUUUUGAAUGUUAAAAAUGUACAAGUGAGCAAUGCACAAUAUGGAAUGCAGUUUUACCACGCUGGCUACGAUACUUAUGACAAAAAGUUUCGCAAUCCCGAGUUACACAUUGAGAACAGUUCGUUUUCGUAUUGUUCCACAUCCUUUUACUUACAUGGCGAUCAAGCGAUGUUUGAAAUUAACAAUAAUAUAUUCCAUGACAACGCCAACAUACUUUAUUUACGUGGAAAAGAAAAGAAUCUGACCUUGUCCGAUAAUUUGAUAUAUGAUAAUAGAGGAGGUAUACGCUUCGGAAUGACAGAGCAUGCCUACAUGGAUAUCUCUUCACCAACAACAAAGUUCUUUGGAAAUAUCAUUGAGAAUAAUACAGCUAACUGUUUUAUAAACAUAGAAGGUGUACAGAAUAUACGUUUUCAAAACAAUGUGUUGAACAAUCCAUCAGUAAAUCAAGAGAUUUGCAUAAAAUCACGUUCCAAUGGCAUGAACAACCUUCUUGACUUUCGUGAGAAUUUCUGGGGCACUAUAGAGUCUUCUGCAAUAGAAAAGAGGAUAACUCACUUCGCAGACUCAAGCAGAUAUGCUAAAGUUGAGUACAUGCCCUAUUUAGAUAAACAAAAUGGUGUUCCAUUGUCUCCAGUUGAUUGUCCAUUCUCAUUCACACCGCCUACAAUCGGAGGGAUACUUUGUUCAGACACUACACUACUCCAAAACGAAAGAUACACCUCUGAAGGUGACAUAAUAGUUCCUCGUGGAAUGAUUUUAAAAGUCGGUCCUGGUACAAAAAUACUGUUCAGUCGCGGCAGCAGAAUGCUUAUCCUCGGUACUUUACAUGCAGAAGGUAACUAUUCAGACCCAGUCUUAUUUUCUUCCUUAAGUACAUGGAACGGGAUUUAUUUCUCGGUGACGGAGAGCCAGCAGCGAUCAAUCCUUACUAAUUUAAUGCUCGACAAUGUUCGCAGUUCUGGGAAUAUAGGCAGCAGCCCAGUAGUUACAAUAGUUGGUAAACCACCGAGGAUGACUGCAAUCAAUAUAGAUUGUACAAGCAACCGUUACCCAAGUGAUGGUAUCGUGGCGUUCAAUAUUUCUGAUAGGAUGGAGGUCUCCCUUGCCUUGAUUCAGAACUGUGACGGUUCAGCCAUAAAGCUAUCCCAUUUGGGGUUCCCUUACAGAAACAUUCUAGAACAAUACCACAACAUCAAAGACGAAAUCUAUGGUAUUACAAAUAUGUGUGACUACAAUGUCAAAACUUUUGAAGUGAAUGGAGCAGUGAUGGCUGUCUUUGCAUAUGGUGAAGGGAAUCAAUAUCCAUAUGAAAUGAUAUGUGCAAAAACAUUUACUUCUAUUAAUGGAAAAAAUCUUAAUUUUCGAACCAUACACCAUUCGAACUUUACAUCAUAUCUCCUACAAGCCUACAACGGAAGAAAUCUGAUACCAAGCGAGGAAUUUCUGUCUGAGAGAGUUCCUUCAGUUGAAGUUCACACGACGAAUCAAGUAACAUUUACCAUGCGACUGACGAUGACUAGGAAAGGGAAUUCAAUUUAUGCUGUAGAAGUGUACGAGGUUGACCAUUUGUUCAAAGAGUUCCCAAAACAGCGAGUUACAAUUGAAAGUAGUAUCAUCAGAAAUAAUGGCGAUGGUGUCAAAGCGGUUUUAACUGGAUCGUCCACCCCAGAUAUUCAUAUCGAAAGAUCUACAUUCAUGUCAAAUUAUAAAAGUAUUGACAUAGUUUCCGAAAAUAGCUCCAUCACUAUCACUCAUAACCAAUUCAAGAAGAAUAAAUGGAUAGCAAAUAUUCUCACUGAGUCGGACAAUGGUAACUCCAAGAUUCUUUUAGCUUACAACAACAUCACGCAAAACACUGGGCAGACUCUUGUUUAUAUCAAAGAUAAAUCUGAAAAUUUGACGGACAGUGGAAACUUUUAUAUUCUCGAUAAUGACAUCACAAACAACGCGGGUGAAACACUUUUAAAUGAGACAACAAUGCCAAUAAUCUGGAUUGAUGACAUAGAUGGUACAAUUAAAGGAAACAGUUUUGUUAACAAUAGAGGGAGUAAUCUUAUAUGGUGGAAACAAAGACAAGAAGCAUCGUUAUUCACUAAAAACCUUGUUCGGAACAACAUCGGUGAACAACCUAGUGAUAAAAUUACAAUUAUAGCGCAAGGUGUGAAUACCAAAUACAUCAAUAACUGGUUGGAAAACCCAGUAAAUACAUUUGAGAUGACGUCAGUGAUUGGUUAUCCAACAGUGCAAACAGCGAGAAAUUGGUGGGGAAAUAGUAUGUCCACGGUAGACAUCACUGCUAGAUUACGUAGUACUAAUAUUGACCACUCCCUUCCUGGUUUUCAAAUCGAGCCCAUUGCGCAGUCUCCGAAGCAAAUAUUAGGAAGUUGUGAUUUUGGGUGGAUUGACAUUAGGGGAACGUGUUACUAUGUGACUAGAGGUGCCAAUUCACACAGUUAUUCUUUGAAAAUAUGCAAGGACGCAGGCGGUGCGAUGAUGAAAUCAGAUAUCUAUCUUUUGGAUGAUAUUCUGAAAGAAGUGAACGACAAGGGUUUGGAUUCUCCCCUUAUUUGGACACGUCAGGAUUCGUUAAAGGAAUGCAAGGUGUAUGAUACACGUUCGAAAUCAGAGAAAACCACGAACUGCAGCCAUCCAUACCCAACAGUAUGUUACAAAGAACAACCAAGCCAAUGUCCAAAUAGUUGUUCCUACAAUGGUAAGUGUUUAGGAAAUAGUUGCGCGUGUGAUAGUGGUUGGUAUGGCAACGACUGUUCUGUUUAUCACUGUAAGGAUGUCAACAACUGUGGACAAUUUGGAAAAUGCUCUGGGCCGAAUCAGUGCCGCUGUAAGCAAGGGUGGUAUGGUGCAGGGUGUUCAACGAGUUACUGUCCCCGAUAUACUGGAUGUGUCGCAUGUAGCAACCAGAUUGGAUGUGGCUGGUGUGACACUUCACAACAAUGCAUGCCCGGUGGAGGAGACGCCCCAACAUUAACUACCUGUCCAGCUUGGUUUUAUUACAAUUGCCUAACCACAAAAGAACGUUCUGUUUGUUCUAAGGAAAUACAGAUAAUGGACUGCAAUGGGAAACAAUGUGAUGGUGAAAACAAUCCUUACUACAAACAAGAAAAAUGCAACCGCUGUAUAGACAUCGAAAACUGUUUCAUUGAGAAUAAUCCGUUGAGUGAUUGCAAAGUUUGGAACACCACAAGAUGUCCCGAUGGACUUCUCAAUAUCGACUAUACACACACAAGAUUUGAUAAAACUGUUUCAAAGAAUGGCGUUGUGUUUUUGGAUCCGAAAGUAACGCCACUUUUGAGAUGUCCAACAAAAACUGUUGAUGUCAUCGUUGUCUUUGAUGUGGUAUCCCUUCCACGGUAUAAUUCAAUGGCUAUAGUGUCGCCACAGGCAGGUGGAAUAGCACAUCGAAUACAGUCAUACAAGUUCUCCGAGUAUUCUUCAGGAACAUUUACAAUAAUGUCUGGUAAACCGGCAUCUUUGAAUGAUUUGGUAACCUACUCUGAUUUCAACGAACCAGUUGAACUUCGACCGGUGAAUGACAUACUAAUUGACGAACUGGAAACUGAAGACGAUUUACUUGAUCAACUGAGGGACAUGAGAGAUGCAGGGAGUAGAGUUUUCUUUACUGAUGAAAAGAUGUUUCGUUGUCUGGGGGAGCGUAUGGAUGAUUCUGCGUCGUUUGUGAUUGUAAUACCGAAUAGUGCUGAUAACAAAGCUUAUGAAAUAGGAGAUGUUUUAGUUGGAACGCCACUUGGAUACAUCGAAAGCGUUACAUCUGUUGUCCAGGAUUCCAAAAUGAGAAUUGCUAAGACAAGACUGACACAAUGUUCAAGGCAAAUGAUGUUUAAUGCUGGUAUAAUCACUCGGAAUGAAUACAAACCACACCUGAAUUGUUUAUCUGGGGAACAGAACCUUUAUGGCGGUACAGUUAUGCCUUCCUACGAGUCACAGAAUGUAGUCGAGGGGUCUUUUAUACAAGGACGGGGAACACAGCAAUUUUCAGCUAAGGUACUCGACAAAUAUUCAAGUAAUCAACAUAACUUUUACGUCAUGACAAAUGUUGUAGCAGUUAAAAAUGACAGCUCUGUCGAAACAGAAAUACUAAAGCUUUCUAGAAGAAAACGUCAAACGACUACCGAUUAUUUUAAGAAAAUUGCAGUUACUAUGAAGAAAAACAUACAAUUUAAACCCUCCAAACACAAAGGACACAGUGGUAAUUAUAAACUAACAGUCAAAUACGACGCUGGUGUGACGCUGUCACAGACUGUGACAUCUGAAAAGCCACUUAAAUCCACUCUUGGUGUCAAUCUUGAUGGGAAAUUUAACUACGAUCUUAAAAAUACCAUUAAAUGGGAACAUAAGAACACCAACACUCGUGAAAUGUCACUUUUCAAGAAGUUUAAACAAGUGAAGAAAGAAGUGCUUCUGCAAAUUGGGAGCAACCUGUUUGUCCCAGCGAAGCUCGUAAUGAACUCAAAAUUGAAGUACUCAGCGAAGUCACAGAGUGCUGGUGGAAGGGAUUUGGGAUCAUCUGCAUCAAACAAUGUUGGAGUUGGGGUUGGAUUCUACAAGGCGUCUGGAACUUCUCAUUUCGCAAACGUCAACCUUGAUAUUCAAAAACCUGUACAGGAAGGACCGUAUUUAUUAGACAAUAAAACAGGGUCAAUUGAUGUGAAAUCAAUUCUUCAAAACACACUGACGUUCAGAUAUCCCUCGGGAAAUACUGCGCAACCGGAGGAACAAGAAUGCCCAGCAGAGAUUCUUGGGAAUCAAUUUUGUGAAGAUGAAGGUGAAACAGUGACGGACUUCAAAGUGUCCUUUAAUUUGCCCAUACAUUUGGAUGGGAUCAUUGAUUCGUGUUCAGACUACUGCAACCAAUGUGGAAAGAGUCAGGGUUUUGUAGAUACUGCAUCUGGAAUAGGGGAAAUAACCGGGUUUGUAAAAGCCUCUAGCUUUACAAACUUAGAUGAACAUUUCAAAUCAGAUGGAAACUUAAUAACUGCAAGGCAGUGCUUCAAAACACCUUCCCAGUGUUCUUUAGCCCCAAACACACAGUGUUGUAAAUGUCAAGAAGACAACGGUGUUAUCAUGAAUGGUAAAUGUAUUUGUGACACAUGUCCUGGUGGUAUUAUGAAAGAACAAAUAGGAGGCAGUGGGGAACCGGUAUGUAGUUGUGAGUGUACUGACGGAUCUGUGUCACAACUUCUUCCAGAUGGCAGAUGUGAUUGCCCAUGUACAUGUGCUGAUGGUAGUAUCUCCAACAUGGAUCAGAAUGGAACAUGUUCGUGCGGCUGCACGUGUAAUAAUUGCCAGCACUCUGUUAUUACUCAGAAUGGAUGCCAUUGUCCCGAUGAUUUAUGUCCUACGUGUGAUGUCAACGAGGAAGUCAUUUGGCGUAACUGUGAAUGUUCAUGUGUUGCUAAACAUCCAUGCGGAAUCGCACCCGGCUGUGUCCCAGGCCGAAGAGGAAAAAGUUGCGACCAACCAGAAUGUGGAACAUGUCAAGAUUGUUCUGGAAACGGGUUUUGUACAGCUUCCCUGGACAGUUGUUCAUCUAGCUGCCAAUGUGGUGCCCAAUGGAGAGGAGCAUGCUGUGAGUUCAGAAUACCAACUGCAGGAGGAGGCGAUCCUCAUCUUCAAACUCUAGAUGGUGUGCGAUAUGACUUCCAUGGCAUAGGUGAGUUUUGGGAUUGCAAGAGCGAGGCCAAUGCUUUUGGUAUUCAGACACGAAUGUUUGGAUAUCGCAACGCAUCUCUCAUCGGAGGGGUGGCGAUUAAAGCGGGUGAGAACAUUGUGACGCUGGUGACACAUCAACCAGCAGAUGAGAGCACAUUACCAGUUAUAAGAUUAAAUGGUGAAGUUGUUGAUGUUGCAAAUCAAACAGUAGAUUACAAGAUAAGUGAUGACGUACAUAUGGUAAUAACUAAUAGCAACGGCAGUGAUGACAGUGUCAUGUUGGUAACUCUUCAAUAUAAUACAGGUGUAAUGGUCAGUACAUAUCUUAGAUACAGUGCUAAGAUGAAGCGGCAGUAUUUGAAUCUGGUCCUUCAGCUAACAGCUGCAUUCUCUGGAAAGACAUCGGGUCUAUGUGGCCUCAUGGAUGAUGAUCAAAGCAAUGACUUCACUGGUGCAGAUGGAAAGUUGUACAACACAACCUCUGUUAUACAAUUUGCUGAAUCAUGGAGAGUUGGGGGUUCCAAACAGAAUACUUCUGGCCUACAAGGUUCCUGGACAUGGACGUCAUCUAACUUCCACAACCUUGACAUACUCGGCCCAAGCUACACCGAUAAAACACUGUAUUCUCCAGUAUAUGACAUACGGGAAUUUCCUGAUUACCAAAUUAAUGCAAGUCGAGAAAUAUGUUCAUCAAAGAAAAUCAGCGAUGAAAGGCUACUUGAAGAAUGUAUCUUUGAUGUCUUGGUAACUGAAGAUUCAACAUUUUCUACACAAGAGUAUCUGAAAUCAGACUGCCCCGGUCAAUGUAGCGGAAGAGGCGAAUGUAUAAAUUCAACAUGUCAGUGUACAUCAGGAUGGGAAGGUGACGCCUGUGACAUUGGUAUGUGUAAGGAGCCCUGUAUACAUGGCAACUGUUCCCUUGGAUUCUGUACCUGUAUUGCCGGAUGGGAUGGGCCAACAUGUAAUGAAUUAGCUAAUUGCAGUGCCGUGGAUAAUUGUACAGAUACGGACCACGGCCACUGUGUGAAACACAACGUGUGCAAAUGCCAGUUGGGAUUCACAGGGGCCAAUUGCAGUGAGACCGCUACUUGUUUCAACGUGAACAACUGCACCAACAAUGGUAUUUGCGUUGACCAUGACGUAUGCAAGUGUGACGUAGGGUGGAUGGGAGAUGAGUGCUACAAGCCCUCAUGUGAAACACUCAACUAUUGCAAUGAGCACAACCAACAAGGUACUUGCCAGGGAUAUGACAUUUGUUCAUGCGACGAUGGCUGGAGAGGAACAUCCUGUUCAAAGCCAGUAUGUUCGCAAGUGUCGGACUGCUCCGGACAUGGAAUGUGUCAUUUACCAAAUGUUUGCCGUUGUGACCCAGGGUUCUAUGGUGAAUCCUGCCAAGACACUAUAGAUUGUCCAGAAUUAGAUCAUUGUUCUGGGCAUGGGAUAUGUGUGCAAGAUGGAAGUAACAAAACGUGCAUUUGUGAUACUGGCUUUACUGGAGCUCACUGCGAAGAUGUGGACUGUUCUAGCCUGAAUAACUGUUCCGAUCAUGGCGUGUGUACUCAACCAAAUAUCUGCACGUGUGAGGACGACUAUACAGGCGAUGACUGCUCACGUUGGUCCUGCAAAUGGCUACUUUAUUGUUCGGGAAAUGGCAACUGCACGGAGAUGAACAAUUGCUCGUGUGAUGCCGGAUGGUCUGGGGCAUUAUGUGAUAUAGCUGAUUGCUCUUUGAGAAAUAACUGUUCAAACAAUGGCUUUUGCGAAGCUCCUAAUAUCUGUACAUGUUCAGGAACAUUCGAUGGAAUGAAUUGUGAUACGGACAUAGGACCUAAUAUCCAUGUCCCUGUCUUCACUGCUACUUAUUACACUGGUGUUGUACCAGAGGAGUCGCCCAUUGGAACGAAUAUUCAUUUUGAGAGUAAACUAAACGCAACUGAUGAAGAUACGGGAAGAAACGCGAAAUUAAAUUUUAGAUUUUCCGAGCCAAAUAGACUGUUUCUAAUUGAUAGAAACACAGCUGAGAUUAGAACGGCGGUAGUGUUUGACAGGGAGACAAUGUGGAAUGAUACAAUGAUAAUUGAGGUUAUUGUUGAGGACAGUGGAUCACCAUCGAAAUCUUCUAGUGCAACGAUUACGAUUCAAGUUACAGAUAUUAAUGAUAAUCGACCAGCGUUUGAAGAUGCACCAGACAAGCCGAUACCCGUGAAACUAUUCAACUCCACACAAAUCGAGUUCGUUACAACAAUACGUGCCACUGAUCUUGACAGCGAGGAAAAUGGCAGAGUUAAUUAUUACAUCGACACUAAGACUGAUCAAGAUGCCAAAGAUCUAUUCACAAUAGAUUCUUCAACGGGAGUUGUUCACGUUGACCCAUCGUCUGGUAAAAUACAAUGGAAAGUCUACCGUUUGUGGGUUGUUGCAGCCGACAAUGGUUCAAGUAUCACAUUACGCAGUAUUCACCUCGUAGAAGUUUCCUUAUAUGGAGAUUUCUACAUCGUCUACACGAACCCCCCUCCAGUGUCUACAACAACAGUGACCACGCCAUCACUGACAACAGUUGACCUGACAACGCUUACGUCAUCCCUGCCAACAACGACCACAACAAACGAGGUAGCAAUAACAGAAAUAUACAGAUGCAAAGAUGGAGAGCUUGUAAUUGGCGGCGUCUGCACAAGUUUAUGGUUAGUUGUCGGGGUACCAGCUGGUGUAUGCUUCCUUCUAUUGUUGACUGCAAUAUGCAUAGUUCUUGUGGUCAUCCGUAAAAGAAAAGGACACAAGGGAAAACAAGUUGACGGAAAUAGAGAGGCGGGCUACGACAACCCAGCAAUGGAACGUGAUGCGUUGUACAUGACUAGCUUGCCCAGCACGAGCCGUG